AUGACCAAUCCCACACCACCACCCAUCCAGCAACCCCCUCACCUCCCCCCUCACCUCCCCCCUAACCACCCACCACACAUCCUCUACCAAAACGCCCAGCAAACCAUUACCCUAAUCGACAUCCCACGCUCAAUCGAAGACGCUCAAUACCUCUCCUCCAAACAUAAUCCAAUUCCACAUCCAAAUAUCACAAGAAGACUGAUAUCCUGCGCGCCAAUAGAUUCUCCAUAUCCAUCACUAGAACCUAAGUCUAAAAAGGCACUUAGGAAUGCUCCGGCGAAAAGUAUUGAGGAUUUGAUGUUGGAGCGGUAUGUUCAGCUGGCGUUGGAGGAGAUGAGGGGGGAUCCGAUGUGGAAGGGAGUGGUGUGUUUAGAUCGUGUUGCUGGGAAGGGGAAGGAGAAGGAGGGUAAUGGUAAUGGUAAUGGUAAUGACUCCAGCAAUAAAACCAAACCCCAAAAGAAAAGAAAGCGGGAACCCCCCACAAAAGAACCAAUCAAUUUCCACCACAACGCCUUCAAAGUUGAAAAGCGCAUCUUCGUGGAUGGAAUAAUCCGUACGAUGCCACCCAAAUCAACCAUGAUAUGCGGCAAGAUCCCAGAAUCUGAUUUCAAUGUCAAUUUCUCUAUGAAUUUGAAUCAGUAUGAAAACUUUCCUAAGUUUAGUGUUAUUAUUGUUGAUCCGCCCUGGCCUAAUCGGUCGGCGGCGAGGAAGGAUGCUUAUGUUACUGCUGAGGGGUCAGGGGGUAUUGCUGGGUUGUUGAGAUCACUCCCCAUCCAUUCCACCUCACAAAACAGCUACGUCGGAAUCUGGAUAACCAACAAACCCGCCUACCGCGCCCUGCUCCUGGACGACGGCGGUUUAUUCUCGCAAUGGGGCAUUGAAUUAGUAGAAGAAUGGAUUUGGCUCAAAGUAACUUCGAAAGGAGAACCAAUUUUUGAUAUUCAAGGCACGUGGAGGAAACCUUGGGAGAUUUUGCUUGUGGGGAGGAAGACGGGGUUUCAGAGGGGAGUUGAGAGGGGGGAGUGUGGUUUGAUGGGGAUAGUUGGUGGGAAAGAGGGACGGGAUGAAAUUGAAAUGGCUAAGAGGGAAUGUGGUGGUGGAGAUGGGGGUGUUGAGGAACUAUAUCCUAAUGAACAGGAGCAGGAGGAGUGUGAAAUUAACCGGAAAAUACACACCCCAACCUCCCCCCAAAUCCUCAGCCCAACAACAUCAUCAACAACAGCAUCAACACCAACACCAACACCAACAACAAAAACGAUAAAACGCAAAAUAAUAAUAGGAACACCAGAUCUCCAUUCGCGCAAACCAAAUCUGAGAUUUCUAUUUGGACAGUUGUUGGGGAUGCAGAAGGAUGAUGAUGAGGAUGGUUGUGAUUAUAAGGGACUAGAGAUAUUUGCGCGGAAUUUGACGGCGGGAUGGUGGGGGUGGGGGGAUGAAGUUUUGGAGGGUUGGGGGAGGGAGGAUGGGGGUUGGAGGGAAGGGGAGGAGAGUUGGGCUGGGGAGGAGGGGGAGGGUAAGGGUGAGAGUGCUAUUCAUCAGACAAUCAAUGAAGCCCAUGGCUACUGUGAAGAAUUACAAGGGAGAUAG